AUGUCGAAACAAUAUCUGACCACACACACUGUGGACAAUGCCCACGUAACCGAUAUCUUCGGCCUGGCCACGACUCAGAGAUCCAUUCUGUCCGCGAGCGGAUCGUCCACUCUCCACGUCCACAACACCUUUGACCCCACGAUCCCUAUCACGCAGUCCAUCGGCGGUGCGCACAAGCUCGGCUGCCACCACAUUUGCACUUCGCGCAAUGGGCUUGUCGCUGCUAGCGCGGGGUUUGCAGGCGAAGUGAAGAUCUGGGUCGUCGAUAAGGACACGGGUGAGUGGAAUCUGCACUCGGAGAUCACGAACCAGGCGGCCAAGGCGGGCGAGGUGUGGGCCAUUGCCCUCAGCGAGGAUGGAAAGUUUCUUGCGGGAACGACCUACGACGGCCGUGUGAACGUUUGGGAUGUCGGCGAAGAGGGAACGCCCAAAAUCAGAGAGUAUGAGACGGGCAGUCCAGGCUCAGGAAGCUUCGGCAUGUCGGUCGAUUUGAGCCGGGAUGGGAGAUACACCGCGAGUGGCCACGAGAACGGGGCUGUAUACGUGUUCAACAACGACACCGGACGGUUGUUAUUCUCGUUACCUGGUAUGACUCUGGGUAUCACCAUGCAUGAUGGUUUGCUAAUCAUGUCCACAGGUCUGGUCAAGUCAGUCCGUGCCGUAGCAUUCUCGCCCGGAAACACAAGACUCGCAGCUGCAGGAGACUCGUCUAUCAUUGCUCUCUACGACAUCAAGAACGGCGAACAGGUCAGCAACAUGACAGGCCAUGCCUCUUGGAUCACCUCGAUCGACUGGAACGACAGCGGCGAAUACCUACUCAGUGGUGCUAUGGACGGCAAGGUCAAGGUCUGGUCCGUUGAGCGCGGCGCCUGUGUCGCGACGCACAGUGAGACGGACAAGGCACUGUGGACUGUCAAAUGGCUCCCGAAAACCGGAAAGAACGAGUCGUUCUGUACGGCGGGCGCUCACAGAAGCAUCUCGUUUUACAGAGAAGCUACUGGAGCAUAG